AUGCCACGAAAAUUACUAAAAUUCUUAAUUGUAUUUGAUAAUACAUCAUUACUUUACUUUCCUGGCCAAUUUUUGUCUGGAAAGGUGUUAAUGGAAUUACAAGAUGACACGCCUGUAUUAGGUUUACAUUUCCAUGUAAUUGGCGAAGGAGUUGUCAGAGUUGGAAAUGGGCGCCAUGAGAGACUUUUUGACAAAGAAAACUACAUUGACUUUAGGAUGAGACUAUUAGGAGAACCAGGGCACAGUGCGUCUAUAUUGUCUCCUGGAAUCCAUAGCUUCCCAUUUAAACUGGGUCUACCAAUGGGCUUGCCCUCUACAUUUCUUGGCACCCAUGGUUGGGUUCAAUAUUACUGUAAAGCAGCAUUACGAGAGCCAAAUGGGCUAACCCACAAAAAUCAACAAGUAUUUAUUGUAAUGAAUCCGAUAGAUUUAAAUUUGGAGCCUCCAGUAUUGUCUCAAGAAUUUGAAUUAAAUGUAGAGCAUAAAUUGGGUGUAGGCUGUGUUGGAGGUGGAACAGUGAGCUGCCGUGUGUCUCUAGAUCGUGGGGCAUAUGUACCAGGUCAGAGUGUCGCACUUUCUGCACAAAUAGUGAACAACUCACGGAUUGCUCUGAAGUGUACAAGAGCGGCGCUUACUGAGACUAUACAGUACAUAGCACACGGGAAAGUAGCUGCGCGCGAAGUACGAGAAUUAUCCCGCCUCGCACAUGGCAAGACUCGUUCGGGGGAAACCGAUGUGUGGCGUGGCGAACUCUUGUACGUUCCACCCUUGCCACCUACCAACUUGCGUGGCUGUCAUCUUAUAUCAGUGCAAUACGAUGUGUUUUUUGUGAUAGAACCAAAAAGCCUAGAAAAAGAAAUAAAGCUUCAACUGCCUAUACUCCUGGGUACUUAUCCGUUUCGUGAUGUAGAUGAGGAAGCCCAUCCACCCACUCACUACCCGAGUACAUUGCCAAUUUUUAGACCCUGGCUGCAUGAAAAACAAUAA